UCAGCGUGGCGCAUCCCAGAGUCUGGCGACAAGAAGCGGAACAACCCAGAGUACACGGUCGCUAGGGUAGAGGACGGGCGCGAGCUUCCCGUCGCAACGUGGGGCGACGGCUUCAGAUGGGAGGUGCCGUGCGCUGAAGCAGCCAGCUUCCAGGAGAAAAGUGGCAAUGCAAAAAGCCUCGUCAUUAAGGAAUGGGAUUGCAAAGAUGGCAAAUCGAAAGCGCUUCUCAAGUGGGUCAACAG